AUGCUCCUCGCCAAAGACCAGAAAGCUCUCCCCUCUACCGAUCGCCCCGUGAUUCCAAGAAGAUUAACUCCGGAAGAAAUUCGCCAAAAAGAAUUGCUUCAAAUGGUUUGUCAGGCAAACAAUCAAAUUUUGAUCAGAAAAAAUUCCACGACGAAUGAUGGAAUCGAUGAUGUCAAUGUCGUUCUGCUUGGGAGCAAGAAAGUCAGUCUUGGAGACAUAGAAGAGAACAAAAUUGAAAAACAAGAGAACCGAAAACGCUCGAGAAAACCCCGCUCAACCCCUCUUUCAAAAGGGGCCGACUCGAUGAAAGAACUUCCCGUUGAAAACUCCGGCGUCUGUCUCGCUCGAGAAAUCCAUGAAACCGCAAAAGCUCUCCCUGAACUACCCGAAGAAGAAAAGAUUCAGCGGAAAGAGCGACGGAGAAAUCUAGGGCAUACGAGAAAUAUUGAGAAGAUCAAGAAGCGCAUUAACAAAUUGGACCGAGAAUGCGCAUUGACGAAUUCGGAGAUUGACCUGAGCGAGUUGUCUGAUGAUUGGGUGAUGGAAUCUGUACGAUACUAA